AUGGCAGAGUCCACAGUGCGGACUAGGAACACCACUUCGUUGUUGGGAAAGCGAGGCGUCUACACGGUCUGUGUCAAGACUGAGGAGUCAGAGCUGGAGUUCCUCUACAAGGACUCGUCUAAGGCGAAACUCUGUCUUCAAAGCGUGGGCCUCCUUCUGGGACUGAGACAGACGUGGUUCUUUGGGCUCCAGUACAGCAUCAACAACACAGUUUUCUGGCUAAACCCGAACCGGACGUUUCGGCGUCAGGGAGUGCCAAUGAAGGAGCCAAUCACCUUUCGACUCGUGAUCAUGUUUUAUCCUGAAAAUGUUGAGCUGGAGAUACUGGAAGACGUCACGCAGCGUUUAUUCUUCCUGCAGGUGAAGAGGAUGAUCCUCGAGGAAGAGAUUUACUGUCCUCCUGAGGUGUCUGUGCUCUUGGCCUCCUACGCCAUCCAUGCUGAGUACGGAGACUACGACCCCGAUGUUCAUAAACCCGGCUUCUUGGCUGGGAAGAGUCUGCUUCCAAAGAGAUUUCUUAACUUGUAUAUAAUGACUGCGGCGAUGUGGGAGGAGAAGAUCACAGCUUGUUAUGCACAGCACAUGGGCAAGACGAGGGAGGAAGCUGAGAUGGAGUAUUUAAAAAUAGCUCAGGACCUGGACAUGUAUGGUGUCAAUUACUUUUCAAUCAGGAAUACGAAGGGACAAGCUCUUCUUCUGGGACUGCACGCCCUCGGUCUGCACAUCUACAAGCCGGGCAACAAGCUGACACCAGAGGUGACCUUCAUAUGGGACGAGAUCCAGCACAUUUCAUGCCGUCCGAACCUGUUUAACGUCAUACUUUUGGGCAAGAAAAAAAAUGUUGUCAAGUUCAAGUCUUCAGAGAUAAAGUGCCGGAAGCAAGUCCUCUAUCUGUUUGCGGUGAACCAUUUGCUGUUUAUGCGCCGACGGAAACCGGACACGAUUGAAAUACAGCAAAUAAAGAUUCAGGCGACGAUGCUGAGGGCCAGAAAAGAGGAAGCGAAGCAGCGUCUGCAAAAGGAGCGGCAGCUGCGAGAGGCGGCAGAGAAAGCCAAGGAGGAGCUGGAGAAGAGGUUAAUUCAGCUGCAGACUGAGGUUUACAUGGCCGGGGAGACACUGGUGUUUUUGACGCAGGACCUGCUGGCUGCAAAUGCGCAGAUCGCAGAAGAGCAGGCCAAGAAGCUGCCCCAGAAAACUACCGAGGCUGAGACUGAGAAGCAAUGCCAAAAAGUGACCACCGUCAGUGACCAGGAGGAGCCAGAGAAGAUGCUGGAGGCAGAGAUGCUCGCCCUCAAGAUGAAUGAGGAGUUGGAAAAGAGGGCCAAGGAGGCUGAGCAGCUGAUACAGGAACUGCAGGAAGCCAGAGAUGCAGAGCGCAAUGAAAAGCACAAGCUGCUGCAGAUUACAAGCAAGGUUAUCUAUACAUCCCCAGGUCUGCCGUCUGACAGCACGCCUCAAGACCUGAGCUUCAGCAGGGAGAACCUCAGCUUCGACUUUAAAGACACUGACAUGAAAAGCUCCUUCACGGUGACUCAGACGAAGAAGUGA